CGAGGAGUUUCUGCUGGUACCAGGAACAGGUGGCGGGGUAUCGACGGACAAGAAUAAGCUACCCGCAAAUCAUGCGGCGCGUGGCAAAAAGCGGAUGUGCCGGGAUCCGCACGAUCCCCAGUACAACGCUGGUGCGGAUCUCUUUUUCCUUGUCGCAGAGAAGCUCCCUCAGAAAGCAGCCUCCCUAGACCUGCACGACUUCGCAAUUAUUCUCAACGCCUACGCGAAUGUUGACGAAACCGCUUUUGGUGGACAUGUUUCGAUGCUGUCGCUGCUUUUCGAGCGCUCCGCCCAGGUUAUAGCAGCAAAAAUCGCCCUUCUGGGUUACAGUGAG